AUGAGUGGCGAACAGGCACAGCCUCUUCCGCUCCCCGGCCCUCCUAAUCUCAGCGAUAAUGGCCAGAGUGCAUUGAAAGUUGAGCUGGACUCGGAGAAGGGGCUCAAAUUCGAAGCAUUAGGCCCGAUAGUUGUCAACAGCGAUGGUACAAUGUCCAGAAUCGCUAAUUGGGAGCACAUGACUGAGCAAGAGAAAGAGCGGACGAUGAGGGUGCUCGUUGCUCGGAACAAGAUCCGAAUUGCGAACCAAGAGAAAGGUGCACAGGAAUUAGGUCCAGAGAACUGA